GUUGCUGUUUCUUCAAAAAAAAAUACAAAAUAAAAUUCAAACAAAUAAUAAUAGUAAUAAUGACGCUUUUCACUGCGGAGGACAACCCGAGGCUGUAAAAGGAAAAAGUGGAGAUGGAGGACUUCUGGGCUGUGGUGGUUUGGGCUGGGAGGAUAUGGCUGGGCCUCAUAGUCGGCCUCAUCAUGAUCCCUGCCAUGUUUGGCUUCUCACUGGGCAUCUCUGAGACCUACAUGGACAUCCUGGUCAAAACACUGGAGUGGGCCACACUAAAGUUACAGAAGGCAAGCAGGGAAGAACAUGCACUAAAAGCAUCUGCAUCCAGUGCUCUAAUCCAGAGGGAAGAUGGUUCCAUGGAGAAAGAGUUAGAGGAACUAAGACGAAGUCGCCCCAAACCUCCGGAGGGCGGCGAUUUUACGCUGAGCGACUGUUUCUAUUUCACCCGCAGAGGAAUUGAGAGCAUUGUAGAGGAUGAGGUGACCCAGCGGUUCACUUCAGAGGAGCUGGUCUCUUGGAACCUUCUGACCCGCACUAACAAUGACUUCCAGUACAUCAGUCUGAGGCUGACUCUGGUCUAUGGUCUUGGCAUUUUCAUCAGAUACUGCAUUCUCGCACCUCUCAGGAUCACUCUGGCCUGCAUUGGCCUCACCUGGUUGGUCAUCGGGACAUCUGCCGUGGGGCUGCUCCCCAACUGGAGGAUGAAGUUCUGGCUCAGCGAGUGGGUCCACGUCAUGUGCUACAGGAUCUGCGCCCGAGGCCUCUCCGCCGCCAUCCGCUAUCACAACAGGGAAAAUAUACCCCGAAAAGGAGGCAUUUGUGUGGCCAAUCACACCACCCCCAUUGACAUCGUGAUACUCUGCAAUGAUGCCUGCUAUGCCAUGGUGGGGCAGGUGCACGGAGGCCUGAUGGGGGUGGUCCAGCGGGCCAUGGUACGAUCCUGUCCCCACGUGUGGUUUGAGCGAGCGGAGAUGAAAGAUCGCCAUCUGGUGACCAAGAGGUUGAAGGAUCACGUGAAUGACAAGACAAAACUCCCCAUAUUGAUAUUUCCAGAGGGAACCUGCGUCAACAACACGUCUGUCAUGAUGUUUAAGAAGGGGAGUUUUGAAAUAGGAGCAACAAUUUACCCCGUUGCCAUAAAGUACGAUCCCAAGUUUGGCGACGCCUUCUGGAACAGUUCCAAGUACAGCAUGGUGAGCUACCUGCUGAGGAUGAUGACCAGCUGGGCUCUCGUCUGCAAUGUCUGGUAUCUACCUGCCAUGCAUCAACAGGAGGGGGAAGAUGCCGUCCAGUUCGCCAACAGAGUCAAGUCAGCCAUCGCUCACCAGGGAGGACUAGUGGACCUGCAAUGGGAUGGAGGCCUGAAGCGAGCGAAGGUGAAGGAGUCAUUCAAGGAGCAGCAGCAGAAGCAAUACAGCAACAUGGUGGUGGGAGACGACAGCAGCAGCAGCAACAGCGACUGAGGAGCCGGCGACGGGACGAGACACCUUUACUUGAAACUCAUUUCCUCAUGACCUGGAUGGACACCUGCGCACGCACGCACACACAACACACACACACACACACACACACACACACAGUGCAAUAGUGAACUUGAUGAGGAAAUGGAUGCCUGCUGCUAUUUCUUAUAUCUUGAUUGUCAUGAUGUUGAAUGUAAUGGAUCGAAAACAGAGUUGGAUACAAACACUUGAUGGCGUUCAUGUGUUGCUUGUUGGUUUUUUUAAAAUAAAGCUUACAAAUGUUGUCGCCAUGCUGUAAUUAGCUGACAUAUAACAUAAAUGUGGCAACAUAUCAUGCAUGUUAGGUUCAAAAUCAUCCAUAGAUGUGAUUGUGAAUGUUUUCUGUCAUCUUCAUACGCACUGACAUUGACAGGUGACCAGUCCAGGGUGUACCCCGCCUUUGACAUUAUAUGUAGCAUAAGGAAACUGAAAGACACUCCAGUUCUAACCAGCUUCUUUAUUUUUACAUUACACAUGGUCUCAUAAACAGCUGAAAGAAAUAAUAUAGCACUUAAAUAACACAUGACAAUAAAAGAUCAGCACAAGUUGUGAGGCGUUUAAAGUACAACACACAAGUGAGACUUUUUGGUUGGCUGUGCAAUGGAUGCUUUGCUGCAUAUUUGCUCCUUGCUGUCUGCCACCUCGAGUGGUUUUUCACUAUCAUUGCCUGAAAAACAAAUGAAGGCGUUUUAGUAUGUUGGUUUAUGGGGAGCAUGAAUGUUAUUGAUUUUGGACGUUUGAGCACUUACUUGAAUGAUCUGUGCUGCCUUCAGUAUCCUGAAACAUAAAGA